AUGAUGUCAUCUGAGAGGGGAAGUCUUUCUGAAGUUCAAGUUAAACUUGUGGUUAAACGUGCACAUUUUGAUCAAUCAUUGGAUUGGAAUUCAUUGGCUAGAAUACAACUAAACAAGUGUAAAUUUAAUUUUACUGCUGAAGUUCUACCACCAGGAUCAUCUACUAUACCAGCUAUAAAUUCUAUUCCAUUCUAUGUAACUCCUAUUGUACGUGGUCCACGUCCUUAUUUCGAUCAAAUUGUCAAUUUCAAAGCUGAUGUUGAUAGUAUUAUAGAAUUUCGUCUUUCUGUACGUGAUAGUAAACGUGAUGAAGGUACUGAAGUUGGCUAUGCUCGAUUUACUGUUCGCAGUGUUGCAGCUACCAAUGGGAAUCAAUUGAACAAUUUGGCAUUUUCACAACCAAUUAAACCACUUCCAUGGUUGUAUAAUUCUACGAUUUCUUCAUCGAGUUCAUUAGGCAGUAUUGAUCUGUCGAUUUCCGUGGGAAUACGUGAAUUAAGCAGUGCAUUAUUAGCUCAACAUUUAUCCAGAUCAAUAUCCAGAAUAACAGCCAAUUCUGUUAAUGGUCGUCAUACUUCUGGAUCACAAUCAGAAUCAACUUCAAAUAUUACAGUAAGAUCACCGUCUACUGAUCGUACGAUGAAUAAUCACUUGGUAGACAGUGGUGGCGGAGGGGUUGGACCAACUUUAAACUCAUCUGCUAAUCACAGUAAUAAUAAUAUUAACAACACAACGAAUCCCAAUGAUUCCUCGUUACCACCUGGUUGGGAAGCUAAAUAUACUUCAGAAGGACGAGUAUAUUAUGUGGAUCAUUUAACAAAAACAACAACUUGGUGUAAACCUACUCCACUUCCACCUGGAUGGGAACGAAGAAGAGAUAAUGUUGGUCGAGUGUAUUAUAUCGAUCAUAAUACUCGAACUACAACAUGGCUUUGUCCAAAUCAAACACUUUUAAAUACAGUACAAAAUUAUCAACAAAUGACUGCUUCACGAAAUGGUAUUAUGCAACAACGAAUGAAUGAACGUUAUGCGAAUGCUGUUUGGAAUUUAGGUGAAUCAGAAUCAUUAGAUGCUAGUUCACGAACAAAUACUUCAACUGGCGGUGUUAUGGAUCCAUUAGGUCCUCUACCAGCCAACUGGGAACGACGUGUCGACAUGUCUGGCCGUUCGUAUUUUGUUAACCAUGUUAGUCGAAUCUCUCAAUGGGAAGAUCCUCGUAUACAAGGUCAUCCAUUACCUCAUGGUUGGGAAAUUCGUUAUACAACUGAAGGAUUUCCAUUUUUUGUUGAUCAUAAUACUAAAACAUCGACAUACAAUGAUCCUAGACGAAAAGAUGCAAGUGGGAAUAUUGAACAAGCAUGGUCAUUUGAAAAUAAAGUCGCCAGUUUCCAUUAUCUUUGUCAUUCGAAUUUAGUGACAAAAAAUGUAAAAGUUGUUGUAUCCCGUGGUAACCUUCUAGUGGAUUCAUUUGAACAAGUUAUGCGAUUGAAACCACAUGAAUUACGUUGUCGUUUGUUCAUUUCAUUUACUGGUGAAGAAGGUUUAGACUAUGGCGGGUUAUCAAGAGAGUGGUUUUUCAAACUAUCUACAGAAUUAUUAAAUCCAAUGUAUUGUUUAUUUGAAUACGCCAGUGGUAAUAAUUAUGCAUUACAAAUUAAUCCUGCAUCAUCGGUUAAUCCGGAACAUUUAGAAUAUUUUCGAUUUGUUGGACGAUUUAUCGCUUUAGCAUUGUAUCAUUCUAGAUUUAUUGAUAAUGGUUUCACUUUACCAUUUUAUAAACGUAUGUUAAAUAAAAAUAUCACUUUAGCUGAUAUUGAAACAGUCGAUGUGGAAUAUUACAAUUCAUUGAAAUUUAUUCAAGAGAAUAAUAUCGAUGAAUGCGCAUUAGAUGUUUACUUUGCUAUGGAUUAUGAAGUGUUAGGUGAACUACGAACGCAUGAAUUGAAACCAGGCGGUAAAGAUAUUCUAGUGACUGAUGCAAAUAAAGCUGAGUAUAUUGAUCUAAUGGUUAAUUGGAGAUUUUCUCGUGGAGUAGAAGAUCAGACAAAUGCAUUCCUCACUGGUUUCGAAGAUGUAUUUCCUCUUCAAUGGUUACAAUAUUUCGAUGAACGUGAAUUAGAAGUUUUAUUAUGUGGUAUGCAAAAAAUUGAUGUAGAUGAUUGGCAAUCGCAUACAACUUAUAAAAAAUACGAUGCUCGAUCUCCACAAGUUUUAUGGUUUUGGAAAUUUGUUCGAAGUUUAACUCAACAAAAACGUAUUCGAUUACUUCAAUUUGUCACUGGCACAUGUCGUGUCCCUGUUGGUGGAUUUAAAAAUCUUAUGGGUAAUAAUGGUCCACAACCAUUUUGUAUUGAAUAUAUUGGUAAAGAUUCAUGGCUACCUCGAAGUCAUACAUGUUUUAAUCGAUUAGACCUACCACCAUAUAGAUCAUAUGAACAAUUAGCUGAGAAAUUAUCUUAUGCAAUUGAUGAGACAGAAGGUUUUGGACAAGAAUAG